AGCGCAGUAACGAUGUCCGGAAGAGGAAAAGGCGGCAAAGGUCUUGGAAAAGGAGGCGCUAAGCGUCACCGCAAAGUUCUCCGUGAUAACAUCCAGGGUAUUACUAAACCCGCCAUCCGCCGUUUGGCUCGCCGUGGCGGUGUGAAGCGUAUUUCCGGCUUGAUCUACGAGGAGACCCGCGGUGUGCUCAAGGUUUUCCUUGAGAACGUCAUCCGUGAUGCCGUCACCUACACCGAGCACGCCAAGAGAAAGACCGUCACCGCAAUGGACGUGGUGUACGCUCUGAAACGCCAGGGACGCACCCUGUACGGAUUCGGGGGUUAAACGUUCAGACCUCCACACUAA